CAUGCAGGCCAGCAUGGACCCCAGGAAGGAGGGUGUGCCCCUGAAGACACUUCAGCCAAUGCCCAGGGGCAGCCGGCAGCUGGGCCCCUUCCUGCUCACCUGCUCUGUCUACUUCCUCUGGGCACCUGAGUCCCCGCCGUCCUGGCCUUCAGCCGUGCUCAAGUGCCUGCCCGUGCUCUGCCUGGCACUGUUGCUUCAGGCUGCUCCUGCUGCCAGGGGCUGCAGCCAGCUCCUGCAAGGAGCCCUCCUGUGCUCAGCAGUGGGGGACGCCUGCCUCCUGUGGCCUGAGACCCUCUUACCUGGUAUGGCCACCCUCGCUGCUGCGCACCUCCUCGACCUGUGGGCCCUCGGCUGCUCUCCCCUGCGGCCCAGCCAGCUGUUGCUCACGCUCCUGGCCUCUGCCACCUACCUCAGCCUCCUGCUGCCACACCUGCGUGCCACUCUGGCAGGGCCUGCGGUGGCCUGUGCACUGCUUCUGGCCACCGUGCUGUGGCGUGGCCUGGCUCGUGGGAGUGCUGGCCAUGGCACACUGCUUUUUGCCAUAUCUGAUGUGGUGCUCUCCUGGCACAACUUUGUGCGGCCCCUGCCCCAUGGCCACCUGGGGACCAUGACCACCUGCUCCGCGGCCCCGGUGCUCAUCACGCUGUCCCUGCUUAGGAGCCCUGGGAGCUGGGCCGACUGAGAGCGGCCGGCAGGUGGAUGAGUCCCUGCCGCCAGCGACCUCUGCGCCGAGCUGCCCGAGUCCAGGCUGCUCCCCAGCCCC